AUGAACCUGGACUGGGAUGAGGUUACCAGAGCCCUCCAUGCCCAGGGCUGCAGGGUUAAAAUGCCCCCUCACACCUCGUCUGACUCCCUGUCUGAGGAUGAGGAUGUGCCUGUGAAAAGGCAGAAAGAGAAGCAGUGGAGCAGAGCAGAACGGUCCCAGUUGAGCCCACAAGCUGGGAAGCAGGUGACCAUGGAGGAGUCCCAUCCCAAGAUCAAGAAGGAGAGGGAGGAUCUCAGAUAUGAGCACUUUGCUGACAGGACUUUAGUGGAUUUUGGCAGCUGGGAGAGACACACCAAAGGAAUUGGGCAGAAGCUUCUCCAGAAGAUGGGCUAUGUCCCUGGAAGGGGUCUGGGGAAGAAUGCUCAAGGAAUCAUCAAUCCUAUCGAGGUCAAGCAGAGGAAAGGCAGAGGUGCUGUGGGUGCUUAUGGCUCCGAGAGGACUCCACAGUCCUUGCAGGACUUCCCUGUGGUGGACUCAGAAGAGGAAACUGAGGAGGAAUUUCAGAAGGAGCUCAGCCAGUGGCGGAAGGACCUGAGAGGAGGCAAGAAAAAGCCUAGGUACAGCUACAAGACAGUGGAAGAUCUGAAAGCCAAGGGCACUAUCAGCAGGCAGCUUGCAGCCCCUCAGAAGGAUCUGUCCCAGGUCAAGGUGAUUGACAUGACGGGCCGGGAGCCAAAGGUUUAUUACAGCUACAGCCAGAUCAGCCACAAGCACAACAUCCUUAAUGACAGCCCCCAGCAUCCCCUGGGCAAGGACUCCAAGCCCCAGGGCUUUGCCUUGCCCGAGCUGGAGCACAACCUGCAGCUGCUCAUCGACACCACGGAGCAGGAGAUCAUCCAGAGCGACCGGCAGCUGCAGUACGAGAGGGACACGGUGGUCAACCUGAGCCACGAGAUCCAGAAGAUGGCUGAGGUGCUGUCCCAUGAGGAGAAGGCCAUCAGGAACCUCAGGAAGGUGCUGGACAUGGUGGAGAACUGUGAGAGACGGAUGCAUCCAGGCUGUGAGAACCCUCUGACCCUGGAUGAGUGUGCAGAGAUCUUUGAGACCCUGCAGGACAAGUACUGUGAGGAGUACAGGAUGUCAGACAAGGUGGACCUGGCAGUGGCCAUAGUUUAUCCCCUCAUGAAGGAAUACUUCAAGAACUGGGAUCCCCUCAAGGACUGUACAUACGGCACAGAGAUCAUAGCCAAGUGGAAGCGUCUUCUGGAAAACCGUCAGCUGUUAUCCCACAGUGGCCAGGACCUGUCAACAGAUGCUUUUUACAGACUGAUGUGGGAGAUCUGGAUGCCCUAUGUCAGAAACAUCGUGGCACAGUGGCAGCCUAGAAACUGUGGAUGCAUGGUGGAUUUCUUGGCUAGCUGGGUGAAUAUUGUUCCUCUGUGCAUACUGGAUAACAUUCUGGAUCAGCUCAUCUUCCCCAGGCUGCAGAAGGAGGUGGAGAGCUGGAACCCGCUGACGGACACGGUGCCCAUCCACUCGUGGAUCCACCCCUGGCUGCCGCUGAUGCAGGCACGGCUGGAGCCGCUGUACUCGACCAUCUGCAACAAGCUGGCCAACGCCCUGCAGAAGUGGCACCCCAGCGACUCCUCUGCCAAGCUCAUCCUGCAGCCCUGGAAAGAUGUGUUCGCUCCCAGCUCAUGGGAGGCUUUCAUGGUCAAGAACAUCGUGCCUAAACUCAGACUGUGUCUGAAUGAACUCAUCAUCAACCCUCACCAGCAGCACAUGGACGCCUUUUAUUGGGUGAUUGACUGGGAAGGGAUGAUUUCUGUCUCCAGCCUCAUUGGGCUGCUGGAUAAACACUUCUUCCCAAAGUGGCUGCAGGUGCUCUGCUCUUGGCUCAGUAACAGCCCCAACUACGACGAGAUCAUCAAGUGGUACCUGGGCUGGAAGUCCAUGUUCUCAGAACAGGUGCUGGCACAUCCCUCCAUCAAAGACAAGUUCAAUGAGGCCCUUGACAUCAUGAACCGGGCCGUGUCCUCCAGCGUGGGUGGGUACAUGCAGCCGGGUGCCUGGGAGAACAUCGCGUACCUGAUGCACACGGAGCGGCGCAGGGACCUCCAGCACGAGGCCGUGCAGGAGCAGCACAAGACUGAGAACAUGGCCCAGCGUGGCAUCGGCGCUGCCCGCUCCAUGCCUGUGAGCUUCAAGGACCUCAUCCAGAGCAGGGCUGAGGAGCACAACAUCAUCUUCACGCCCGUCAUCGGGAAGCGGCACGAGGGCAAGCAGCUCUACACCUUCGGCAGGAUCGUCAUCUACAUCGACAGGGGCGUGGUGUUCGUGCAAGGGGAGAAGACCUGGGUGCCCACCUCGCUGCAGAGCCUCAUCGACAUGGCCAAGAGAGGCCCCUACAGGAACUGAGUCACCACCUGUUGUAGUGCACUAAAUAGUUCAUUUUGCUUACUAUACUGCACUGGGUGGUUUGUGGUAUUUGCACACAAAAAUAGAUUUAUCGUAUUUUGCACAUGGAUUUAUGAAUGAUGAAUUUAUUUUUACACACUUUUAUGUACCCCUCUCUGGGUUUCGGUAUCCCCUA